AUGAACAGCUCCAGCGCCUCGUCGAACAGCCGGCGAGGGCCCAAGGAGAUGGCGAGCAUGAGGCGGCAGCGGAGCCUGGAGUGGCGGGAGCGAGGCUACAGUUCCAGCGAGGAGGAGAUCCCCACGAGACCGGUAGACAGUCAUGUGUUCGCCUCCCUCCUGGCGCAGGCACAGCAGGAAUAUUCCAGUAUGGAUCGGUCGUACAGGUCAGACGAUACGGAGGAUGCCGUGACAACAGAUAAUCCAACCACCCCCUUCCCCACGCCGCCCCCCACAUUAGUAUCGCCGAGAUCGCCGAUACCACUUCAUAGGCAAGCCUCACCUUUCCCACUGGAAAACACCAACUCCAGGAAAAUCCACUACCAGACCCCGCAGGAUAGGCUGCGAGGGAGCAAUGGGGAAAUUAUAUACGCCAGCAAUAAGAAGAACCUGUCGAAUAGCACCCUGGGUCGGUCGGGUCGAAGCAGGCACAGGGUCGGAGGGAUGACUUCCAGCAGUAGCGCAACGUCCUGCAAUAGUUGUACGGACAACAUGUUAGCUCCGAACGGUGACAUAAACUACCACGAGAAGUCGCAACAGCAGAGGAUGUGCAUAAACAACGCUGAGGUGAACGAAGAAUCGCCACCAGAACCAGCACCUCCAGAAGUCCCACCUAGAGGUCCUUCCCUACAUUCAGCCACCUUACGCCGCCGAACUGAAUACUCUUUACCGCCGAGCGAUGCCAACUCGACGAACCACGAUUCGCAGUAUUUGGGACAAGGAGAGUAUGUGCUCAGUGGGAGCCCGAGGGCGCCUGGUUUUCCCGCAAGAUCACCUAUGUCGGCGAACGCCAACACCCAGCUCAGACUGGCUCCGACCCUUCAGCAGACCCAACUGUCCCAGAACAUCCCAUCGGGUACCGGAACCCCCCAAUCGGCGGGGCCGCAACAGUCGAACCUCGUCAUGCCCGUUUUCCCCCUCAGACCACCACCCCAAUCCACCACUUCGCACUACUCGCCAUACUCCCCGUCCAGAUUCCAUAUCGACAAGAGAUGUCAGCACCGCUGCUCCUGGAAGUGUCUCAGCAUCGGACUCAUAAUGCUGGCGGUAGUCCUGUCCGCCAUGCUGGCCUAUUUCGCAGCUGUAAGUUCAAUGAAGCCGAAUAUGGAUUCAUCAAACUGUAUACUAGUCCAAGACGUAAAAGACGUAACUAACGACCAAAUCACCAUGGGAUCGGAAUCCACGCAACUGCCAACGGAAGAAUCGCUGCCUACCAGCACGGCGGAGCACUCGAGCGCCACGACCCAACACAGCUCCUUGCAGCCGCCGCAGCAACGCAGCCAGCCGCAGACCCAGUGGCCGCCGCUGCCCAUCCUGGAGCAGCGCGAGCUCGACACCCUACACACGGCCACCAUCCCUCCAUAUCAGUUCUGGAACUCCGAGUUCCGGAAUAAACAGCCGGCGUUCAUCCGGUUCAAUUUCACGCUGCCGUGGGGCGCCAACUUCGCCGUAUACGGUCGGAGGAACGUGGCGCCCAGCGUGACGCAGUACGACUUCGUGGAGUUCGUCAAGGGCGGCAGGGUCGACCACAGGCUGAGGAAGAGGGACGUCGCCAAAGAAACCGGCGAGGACGACUUGGCGAUGCCCGGCCUGGCCCAAUUCAAAUUUUCCUACGAUCACAGGAAUUCCCACAAGAGCGACGUGUUAGAUUCCAUAUCCAGCUCGUACGAAGGCACGCGGAAGAUCCUCGCCGAUUCCGAGCCCAGGGGACCUUUCUACGUGCCGCACGACAUCAAAAUAGAUUUCCAAAAAGAUUUGCCGGAUGAUUUUCCAAAAGAUUUUAGCACCGAUUUACCCCACCCCACCGUCGAUCUGGGGAUUGCGAUGGACGAGCACGUCAUCUCUAAGAGGGAGGCGGAGAUGGAGCCCAUGCUGGUUAACGUCAGUCUGCUGCAGUAUCUGGACACUGGGAGGUGGUUCUUGUCGGUCUACAACGACGAGCUGCAGCCCCACACCGUGUCCCUUAUCAUCUCCGAGGCGGAAGGCGUGAGCACGACAUGCCCCAACGAUUGCUCAGGUCGCGGCUCCUGCUACCUGGGAAAGUGCGAUUGCAUAGACGGGUUCCAGGGGAUCGACUGUUCCAAGAGUGUGUGCCCUGUGCUCUGCUCCGGCCACGGACAGUACGGGGGCGGCCUCUGCCACUGCGAGGAGGGCUGGAAGGGGCCCGAAUGCGAUAUCCCCGAGAGCGACUGCCGCGUGGCCGACUGCUCGGGUCACGGGCAAUGCGUGCGGGGGUCCUGCCACUGCAAAGCUGGAUGGAAAGGUGAGGGCUGCGAAGAGCCAGACUGCGAAGAUCCCACUUGCUCGGAGCACGGUGCCUGCGUCCACGGCCAGUGUUAUUGCAAGGCGGGGUGGAAGGGGGCUAAUUGUAACGUAAUAGACGAGCAGGUCCACAAGUGUUUGCCUACAUGCUCCGAGCAUGGAGUGUAUGAUUUGGAAGCCGCCAAGUGUGUCUGUAACAGGCACUGGACGGGUCCCGACUGUUCGCAAGCGCUUUGCAACCUGGACUGCGGUCCCCACGGCCAAUGCGACACGGGCAAAUGCCGCUGCGACCCCGGGUGGACGGGGCCCCGCUGCGAACAGCUCCCCUGCGACGUCAGGUGUCAGGAGCACGGCCAGUGCCGGAACGGCACGUGCGUCUGCUCCCAGGGCUGGAACGGACGCCACUGCACGCUGCCUGGAUGCGAAAAUGGAUGCUCCGGCCAUGGUCAGUGCACGUUAGAAGAAGGAUUAUAUAAAUGCGUGUGUAUCCAGGGAUGGGCAGGAUCAGACUGCAGCAUUCCCUUGGAACAGGAUUGCCAGGACGACAUUGACAACGAUCACGACGGCAUGAUCGAUUGCUCAGACAGCGAGUGCUGUUCUCACCCCAGCUGCUCGGAUCAUAUCAUGUGUAUAUCCAGCAACGAUCCUGUGGAGGUCCUGCUAAGGAAGCAACCGCCUUCUGUGACCGCCUCGUUUUACCAGCGCGUUAAGUUUCUCAUCGAAGAGAACUCCGUACAGUCGUACGCCCACAUGGACGAGUACACGGAGAGUCGAGUUGCAGUUAUGAGAGGCCAAGUGGUGACGCCCCAGGGACUCGGAAUUGUAGGCAUCAGAGUGGCGGUGGACAAAGAGUCAAGGUUCGGAUUCACCCUCACCAGGCAGGGAGGAUGGUUCGACGUUUUGGUAAACGGGGGCGGCGCUGUGACGUUGCAAUUUCAAAGGUCGCCGUUUAUACCGACUACGGUAACGGUCUUCGUUCCUUGGAAUCAAAUAAUAGUGCUACCCCCUGUCCACAUGCAACUGAGCGACGACGCCGACAUUGGUCAUGUCCAAAAGAGCUUCCUGGCGAGGAACCCCGCCAUAAACUUCCCGGGUGUAUCGCGGUCGUUCUUCGGCCCCAACGGGGCCGUGCCGAACUCCUGCGACGAUCACGACCCCGAACUCCUAAGCCCGGUCAUAACCGGAACCUGGAUGCCGGAAGCCGUCGGCGGGAUGCAGGGUAGGAGCGUGGUGUUCGCCGAAACACAAAUUAUACAGGAGUCCAUCCCGAUACCUGGAUCCGACCUGCAUAUUUUAUACCAAAGUUCGCAAGCCACCGGCUACUUAAGCACAAUAUUUAUGAGGCUGACGGGGGCCCAGAUACCGAACACAUUAACUCACGUAUACGUCAGGGUGGAAAUAGAAGGGUCGCUACACGUGAAGACCUACGAGGCGGACCCCAACCUGGUGCACACGUUCGCUUGGAACAAGCGGAACGUCUACAAGCAGAAGGUCUACGGGAUAGUCCAGGCGAAGGUGUCGAUAGGGUACCAGCACAGCACCUGCCUGGAACCGGUGUGGGAGACCCAGACGGCGGACAUCAAGGGCUUCGACGUGGACAUCUCCGACGUGGGCGGUUGGGGGCUGGACAUACACCACCACUACAACUUCCACGAGGGUAUUCUGCAGAAGGGCGACGGUUCCACUUUGCAUUUCAAGCAGUAUCCGCGUAUGGUGCGGGUUAUCAUGGGGACGGGACUCCAGAGGUCGCUGAAUUGCCCAGGGCAGUGCGGGGGUCCGGCCAAAGAUGCCAAGCUGUUGACGCCGGGGUCGCUGGCCACGGGGCCCGAUGGUAGUAUUUAUGUAGGCGAUUUCAAUUUGGUUAGGAGGAUCACGCCCGAGGGAAAUGUCUACACGGUGCUACAAUUAAGAGCCACCCAAGUUGCAUAUCAGUAUUAUCUCGCCAUAUCACCUGCCGACGGACAUCUUUACGUUUCCGAUCCGGAAAAACACCAAAUACUAAGGGUAUUAUCCUUGGAACCCGUGCAGGAUCCUAGCAUCAACAGCGAACCGAUCGUCGGCAACGGAGAACGCUGCAUCCCCGGCGACGACAGUGCAUGCGGGGAUGAGGGUCCGGCUAAAUACGCCCGGCUGGCGCAUCCCAAGGGCAUCGCGAUAGCAGUGGAUGGAACUAUGUAUAUCGCCGACGGCACUAAUAUAAGGGCUGUCGACCCUAAGGGCAUUAUUCACACUUUGAUUGGUAAUCAUGGCCAUCACAAUCAUUGGACCCCCAUUCCUUGCAGAGGAGCGAUAUCGGCUAGUCAGGCGCAACUACAGUGGCCCACGGGCCUAGCCCUCAGUCCCCUGGACGGCUCGCUUCACCUAAUCGACGACCGCCUGGUACUGAAAUUAACCGCCGACAUGAAAAUAAAGGUGGUCGCCGGCAUUCCCUUACACUGCCACAGAGAAGACAACAACACGAGGAUAACGAACGAUAAAAUCCUAGGAACCGUACUAGCCCUAACGUUCGCUCCAAACGGCGACCUCUACAUAGCAGAAUCGGACACCCACAGCGUCUACUACAUAAGGCUGAUCGACACGUCCGGAAAAAUCAUACACUUCGCCGGAAAACUCCAAGACAAAUCCAAAAAGAACUGCGAAUGUGCGUACAACAUCACCACGGCUAGUCCAAACGAAAGACCCCAAGAACUCCCGCCCGCCUGCCUGUGCGGAUCGACCGAGGAGACCACCAGCAACGCGGAAACUUUAUUAUCCUCCAACGCGCGUUUCCAGGCCAUUUCGGCCCUGGCCGUCUCACCUGGUGGCGUCCUACACGUCGCGGACCAGGGAUCUUUACAUAUACUUUCCCUGGAACACUACCUGCCGACGCACGACGAGAACGGGGAGUUCAGGAUCCCGUAUCCGCCCGCUGGGGAGGUCUACGUGUUCAACCGUUACGGGCAGCACGUGGCGACGAAGGACCUCGCCUCGGAUAAGACGAGAUAUACUUUCCUCUACUCUAAAAACACGAGUUUCGGGAAGCUCUCCACCGUAACCGACAGUUCGGGCAAUAAAAUACAGUUCUUAAGAGAUUACAACAACGCCGUCAGUUCCAUUGAGAACACACAGGACCACAAAUCGGAACUGAAAAUGUCCGGAGUCGGAUACUUGGUUAAAUUGAGCGAGAAGGGGCGAUCGGAGAUAGAGCUGGAUUACGAUAUGAACACGGGGCUGCUCACCAGUCGGUCUAGUGGAUGUGAAACCUUCAUAUACCAAUACGACUCCCUGGGCAGAGCUACAGGCGUGGUAUUACCCAGCGGAGAAACCCUAAGGCUUUCCUCCAAGAUAUCCAAAACGGAAGGGCUAGACGUUUACGUCAGUCAACCUCCCAGUACACUCAACAUAAAAGGAAAGGCCAACAAGCAUGUUAUAAUUCUUAACGGUAAAGAAGAAACUGACGCCGUUACGCUAACAAACUCAACGGUCGCGUUAAAAACCCCGUACGACGGCACGAUGAAAGUCUCCGCGGUAACGAGACAUCCUCUUCUGGAAGCUGCGCUGCCAGUCGAAGCUGAACUACUCCCAAUUUGGUCCGAACAGAAAACAACGUUCGGAGACGGAAUUCAAAACCACAUGACGACCUCUUUCAGCCUGGUAGGAGACGUAAGGAAUCCCCAACAGACCCUCUACCGUGAAAUUUACGUGAACAGAACCAAGAUCUUAGGAAUUGAAUUCGACCAGUUCACCAGCAAAGAAACGUUCUUUGACCACGAUAAGCUUCCUCUGCUGACAAUAACUUACGACCCCGCCGGUCUGCCUUUAUUAUACACACCUUACAACGGGGCCGACGUUUUAAAUAUAACUUACGACAACUUCAACAGAAUCGACGGCUGGAAAUGGGGCGUGUCCGAGUUUAAAUAUAGUUACGACCGGCACGGGCUGCUAUCAGAAGUUUCAAGCCCACUGGAUGGCACCCAGAUGUUCUCCUACGACGAUACGAAUAUGUUGUCGAAAAUCACCUUAGCUAGCCAAAGAAGUUUCACUUUAACAUACGAUGACAACGGUGGACUCAGGCAUGUUACGUUACCGAGCGGCACGAAGCAUUCUUUCAGCCUCCAACCCUCACUAGGCUUCCUGAGAGCGACCUAUACCCCCCCAGGUAGCACGAGAUCAUACCUCCAACACUUCCUACAUUCCGGAAAACUUCUUCAAACUGUCUUCCCAGGAGAUGGGGCCAGAAUUGUCUACCGUUACUACGACAGUGGUAAACUACAAGAAAUCGUUCACGGCGAUGGUAAAACUUUAUAUCAGUAUUCAGAAACGUCCGGAUUGCCCAGUCAAGUCAACCAUGUGGAGCAAGACCUGGAGUACCGAUGGGAUUAUCAAUAUAUCGGUGGUUUGCUCAUGGAAGAACGCAUAGACUACGGUGCCAAAACUGGACUUAGCAAUGCAAAGUUUACUUACGACUACGACAAUAAUUACAGACUUAUCACGGCGCAGGGGAGAAUCGGGGGUCAAAAUCUGCCGCAGUACAAUUUAGCGUACAACUAUAAGACUGGCGCUUUGGAAAUGAUAGGUCCCUUUAAGGUGAUCAAGCCAAAACCGAACGAAACGAACGUAUUCGACGGCACUGCCCUGUUUUCCAGCAGCACCAAUUCUAGAUUUUUGGAAACGAAGGUGGCUUUGACCAUUCACGGAAUGGAGGUUUUCAGGAUGGAGUUUAGUCAUGAUAUGCACGGGAGAAUUUCCCAAACAAGAACUUACACUAAGAAUGUCGGUGUAAAUACUUACACAAACGUGAAGAACUAUACCUGGGACUGUGACGGUCAACUUUUGGGUGUCGAAGCUCAAGAACCGUGGGGCUUCCGGUAUGACGACAAUGGAAAUAUGCUUUCCUUAACCUACAGAGGUAACACAAUUCCUAUGGAAUAUAACGUAAUGGAUAGAAUUAUCAAAUUUGGCGAAGGCCAAUACAAAUACGACAGUAGGGGAUUGGUGAUUCAGAAUGCCAGGGAGGAAAAAUUCCAUUACAAUUCGAAAGGGUUGCUCGUAAGGGCCACCAAAAGAGGCAGAUUUGAUGUGCGAUAUUUCUACGAUCACAUGGACAGACUGUCGGCACGAAAAGAUAAUUUCGGAAAUGUGACUCAGUUUUUCUACAACAACGAAAGAAAUCCAAGGGAAGUUAGUCAGAUUUACUCGCCCAGAGACGGCAAACUUAUGUCUCUGGUAUACGACAAUAGAGGACAUUUGAUAUAUGCCCAAGUGUACAGACACAAAUAUUACGUGGCUAGUGACCAGUGUGGUACGCCAGUCAUGAUAUUCAAUCAGUACGGAGAAGGUAUUCGGGAAAUUAUGAGAUCUCCGUUUGGACAUAUCGUUUACGACUCCAACCCGUACCUGUAUCUUCCUAUAGAUUUUUGUGGCGGUAUACUGGAUCAGGUCACAUCAUUAGUGCACAUGCCUAACGGUAAAGUGUAUGACCCCCUUAUUGGCCAGUGGAUGUCGCCACUUUGGGAAAACGUAUUAGAGCGUGUGCCGACACCAACACAACUGCAUCUAUAUAGAUUUAAUGGAAACGAUCCUAUCAAUGUCGGAAUUGACAGAAAUCGACCGAAAGACCAUCUCGACUGGUUAAAGAAAAUAGGGCAAGACUUGAAGAGCCUAGCUCCGCAGCUGUUUCCAGACGAACUUCCCGGCGGUCGAGUGCCCCCACUUCUCACUCAGCCUCCAACGUUUUGGAAUCCGUCCACAGACACCCUCAGCAGCCAACUCACAAUGCAGUCCUCCUCGGUAGAAAUCCAUUCGGGAUUCUUGGCACAUUUAAACACCAGAAAGAUGCAAACGGCUCCGAACUUGUCGGUAUUCUCGAAAUCGGCUUUGAAAACGGACGUGAUAGACCUGGUGCCUAAGAAAAUCGGAGCUUCCUCCGAACCGCCAUUCGGAAAAGGAAUCGUGGUGUCUCAGACAGGCAGCGGCCAAGCUAUCGUUUCGAGCGUACCCGCAGCAAACGCCAUAUACCGAGACGUGUACACUUCCGUGUUUAACCGAUCGUACCUACUUCCGUUCACGUUUGUCGUCCACAGCGCCCAGCAGGACGCUUUUUACUUCGUUAAGGAAGAAACCUGGAAGGCGAACGACGACAAGGGGCAGUUGAAACGCCUGCAGGGUCAGGUUAACACCACCUUCCACGAGAUCGCUAGGGAAAACGGGAGCGGGAACAACUAUUUCGACGUCAAAAUUCACGGAUCCAACGCCGUGAUCAACUUGAGAUACGGAACGACCGUGGAGAAGGAAAAGCAGAGGCUGCUCCACCACGCGAAACUGUCGGUUAUCAGGAAAGCCUGGCACAAGGAGAAGGAGUCUUACAAAAACGGCUUUUUCGGCAGCGUGGAAUGGAGCACCAACGAAAUCGAGGAGCUUUCCAAGAUGGGGUACGUCAGUAACUACGAGGGCGAGUACAUCCACGACGUCCAGCAGUACCCGGAGCUGGCCGAGGAUCCGUACAACAUCAAGUUCGCCAAGAAGCAGGCGGAGUCCUCCAAGAAGCGCAGGAGAAAACGGGAGAUCAAAAAGUCCUGCCAAGACCGCUGGUGGUUCACCUUUUCCGAAUUGUGCUAGUGAUUCAAAAGUAAGAAAUUGACUUCAAACAACAAUGAAACUAUUCAAUUACCUAAGUGUGAUGUACCAAAAAAAAAAAAUUUGAAAAGCUUACAGUGUAAGUCUUUUUAUACCAGAAACCAAAGUCUAUUUGUGUAAGAAUUUCAAAGAUGCCAAAAAUGUAUAUUAUUUAUUUACAAUAUGUUACCUAUAUGUAUGUGAUUUCGAUUUGGUAUGAAUUUUACACGAUCAACUGUUUUUAUAUACAUUGAUUCUCAUAUGACUGAUUAUUGAUUUGCAAAAUUUAUAUCAAAUCAGGUUUGUAAAUAUAUUUGCAUAAUUAUUAUAAUAGAAAUAAAAUUAACGUGAAUGGAAUAGUAACUAAUCUUGUUCCAGUCUUUUCAAGAAACAUUUCAAGGUCUCCAUUUUUAUUACUACGCAACCCCCGACUCUUUCGAUAACACAAAUAUAUCUUUAAAAUGUGUUUUUAUCAUCGCAGGCGUAGAAUUACAAGCUACGGCACCGUUAAAAGGCAAAAAUUUAUUUAUUCGUUAAAUCUAUUUUGUUCCGUUAUAAAAACAUUUGAAAAUGGAAAACAAUAUAUACAGUGUGAUUAAACCGUAGGAGGUGCAAAAAAGAUUAAAGAAAUCUACAGGGUGGGCAGUUUCACAUUUUUGGAAGGUUUAUCGUGCUUCCAGAGACGGAUGAAAAUUAAAAAUGGCUCAGGUUUAGUUUUCGAUAAAAAUAAAACGCCCUGUAUUUUUCGAUUUUUCAAAUUUCAAAGGUAUAGUACCUAAUUGUAAUUCUACUGUUUUAUGAUUAAGUGUGAUGUGGAUAGAUCUCACAAAUUUAUCAAAAAUAAGAACACAUGACACACGCGAGUGUAUCAUAAAACAGUUUAAUUA